AUGAGCAAACCUACGAAGUUCAUAAGUAAACUUUAUGAGAUUCUUGAAACAAAUGAGUAUAGGAAAUAUAUCCGUUGGUUACCAUCUGGGGAUGGUUUUGUGAUUCCUAAGAUUGCAGAAUUUUCUGAAAAAGUGAUGGUUGAGAACUUCACUACAAAAUGCUUUUAAUCAUUUUUGAGAUAGUUGAGCAUGUACGGAUUCAGCAUGAAGAAAAACGAGAGAAAUCAGAAACAGUAUUAACACUAGUAUUUUGUGAAAGGCAAUUUCAAGGAUUUGUAUAAGGUAGUCCGCAAUUAGAGAUAAUCAAGUGUAUCAGUGGAUGAGUGCAAUCUAAAUUAGAUGAGGUAAUCAAAUAUUGAAUUGAAGACUCAAUUGGAUAGAUUGAAGGAACAAUAAGGACUCUUGUCUUACAAUUUAAGAAUAUAGUCUAAACAAUAGGAGUUGAUUUUAAUGAAAUUAGAUGAUUUGUUAAAGAAAUGCCAGAAAAAAAAGAACCCUGAAAUUUAUAAGCCGUAUAAACAAACAUGGGAUUUGAUGAUGAUCUUGCUGAAGGGCUAUUAACCAUAUUAUGGUUCCAUUUUAAUAGAGCCUUUGUAAGAAGUAUGUGAGCCGAUGACUCCGUUUUCAGAAAUCUAGAAUACUCCACUUUAAUUUCCCUUUAUUUGA